AUGGUGAGUGUGGAGAGCUUUGCCGGGAGCUCGACGGCUGUGGGCAUUGCGGUGUGUGCUGCGGCGCUUGGCAUUGUGGUCUCGCUCGUCCAUUCGUUCCUUCACCUCCACCACUACACACACAAGGCACUGCAACGAUACUCUGUCCGCAUUCUGUUGAUUGUGCCUGUCUUUGCCCUCGGAUCGUUGCUAUCGCUGCUGUAUCCCAACUACGCCCUGUACUUUGCAACUGUUCGCGACCUGUACGAGGCGUGGGUCCUCUACUGCUUCCUCCACCUCAUGAUUGGCUACGGCGGCGGUGACUCGGCCAUUGUCCUUGCCAUGCGGGUGAGUCCCGGAGAGAUGCGCCAUCCAUGGCCACUCUGCUGGCUCAAGCCCAUCAAUGUUGGAUCGUCCACCUUUCUCCGUGCAUGCAAGCAGGGCGUCAUCCAGUUUGUCAUUGUCAAGCCCGUCUGCGCCGCCCUCUCGCUCGCCAUGCUAGUCCUCGGCUACUACGAGAGCACGGCCUACCAGGCCGGCCUGCUUGUUGUCUACAACAUCUCGUUCACAUACGCCCUCUACGAACUGUAUCUGUUCUACCUCGGCACCCGCCUCCAUCUUGCUCCGCACCACCCCAUCCGCAAGUUUGUCGCCGUCAAAUCGGUCGUCUUCCUCACCUAUUGGCAGUCGCUCGCUGUUGCGCUGCUGCCCGUGCCCAAGGAGGAUGCCGAGGCGUGGGACAACUUUAUCCUCUGCGUCGAGAUGCUGCUCUUUGCCUUUGUCCACUGGUUCGCCUUUUCCUACACCGAGUUUCGCGAUGGCGGCGCUAGCGCCGGCAGCGACCGUGGGAACGGCGACGGCUCGGCCGCCGGUCUUGGCGCUGGCGCUGGCUCGGGCGGCUACUCGGAGCUCGACGACGAGGAGGCGCUGGUGGUGGCGGAGGAGCUGGGCACGCUCUGCCGCUGCUGCCGCUGCAUUUGCUGCUGCGCGCCCGACUACGGCCAGCGGCUCGGAUCGGCGUUUCUGGACGUCUUUUGCAUUGGCGACGUCAUUGCCGACACCUACCACUCGUUCUCGCCGUCGUACGGGGAGUACAUGCUGCAAGCCCAAGAAGUCCACACUCGUUUUAUCUCUGUUGUUGUUGCUCACUCGAGCGCGAGCUCGAGCGGCGACGUGGCGCGGCUGACUCCGGUCGGCUCGGGCGUCAUCACGCCGCCGGCGGCGCCGUCGGGUUCGACCUCGGCAUCUGCAGCGGACUCGAUCGCGUCGAGGUCAAAGUCGGGCUCGGGUUCGGGCUCGGGCUCGGGCUCGGACUCGGGGAUUGUGUGA